UCUAGAGAGUGUCUUCAUCUUAUCCUUCCUUUCUACCGUGAAAACCAUUGCUAAGUUGUCUUUCUCAUCUAAGCUUAAAGAAGAAGAAAAAAUGGAAUCUAUUGUAAGCAGUGCUUCCAGUACAGUUGCCGAAUACACGUUUGGUGUCAUCAAACGUGGGAUUGGGUACAUAAUAUAUGUUGACAGCAAUGUCCAGGAUCUGAAGGAGCAAGUUGGAAAGCUGGAAGAUGCUCGAGAAAGAGUGCAGCAUUCUGUCGAUCGGGCCAUAAGGAAUGCAGAGAAGAUUGAAGCGGAUGUCCAUAAAUGGUUGGCCAACGUUAAUAAUAAGUUGACUGAAAACGUUGAGGAGAAAUUGAAGGAAGAUGAGGAGAAAGCAAAAGAAGAAAUGUUUCUUUGCUCUGUGUCCGAAUGUCAAGUCUCGCUACCUAGUCAGCAAGAAAGCGGUGGACGAGGCGCAUGCUAUCAGUGAACUCCUGGAACAAGGGAAAUUCGACAAAGUUUCGUAUUCUCCUCCUAUAGAGGGGAUAGUGACCAAAGGUUACAAGGCCUUUGAAUCGAGAACAACAACCUUGAAGGGGAUUAUGGAGGCCUUAAAGGAAUCAAGUGUUCGAAUUGUUGGAAUAUACGGGAUGGCUGGCGUAGGCAAGACCACGCUUGCCAAAGAAGAAGUUGCUGCCAGAGUAAAGGAGGAGCACUUGUUCGACGAAUUUGCAAUGACCACUGUCACUCAUAAUCCAGACAUAAGAAAAAUUCAAGGAGAAAUUGGUGACAUGUUAGGCCUGCAUUAUGAGAAGGAGACUGUUAGCGGAAGAGCAAUGGAGCUACGCGAGCGGUUGAAGACCAACAAAAGGAUCCUCAUAGUUUUGGAUGACCUAUGGCAGAAACUUGACCUCGAAGAGGUUGGUAUCUCGUUUGAGGAUCAAGCUGCUAAAGGAUCUUCCAUCGCAGGAUGCAAAAUACUGUUGACUUCCAGAAGAUUUGACGUGCUUUGCAUCAUGCGUGCUGAGAAGAGUUUCAAAGUUGAAAUUUUAUCACAAGAAGAAUCGAUGAUUCUUUUUGCAAAAACAGUGGGUGACAUAUCUGGUGAUUAUGAAUGCAGAGCGAAUGAAUUGGUGAAAAAAUGUGAAGGGUUGCCUGUCGCUAUCUUAGCAAUUGCAAAUGCUUUGAAAGGUAAGGAUCUCACGUCUUGGGAUGAUGCCUUGCUGCAGCUACGACGGUCAAAUCCAUCAAACAUAGAGGGGAUGCAAAAAAAUGUAUAUUCUACCAUCGAGUUGAGUUACAAAUGGCUGAGAAAUGAGGAAGCACAAUCUUUGUUCCUGAUAUGCGGCCUGCAUCCUCAGAGUUUUGAUAUCCCUGUCUUUGAUUUGCUGCAAUAUAGCUUUGGUCUAGAUCUUUUGGAAGGCAUCUACACGAUGGAAGAAGCAAGAAAAAGGAUAGAUGCACUAGUUCAUAAGCUCAAAGAUUCUAGCUUACUACUUGAGGGAAAAGGUUACGAAUGGGUGAAAAUGCAUGAUCUUAUACGCGAUGUUUCCAUUUCAAUUGCAUCAAAAAACAAGGGAAUGUGGGUCAUAAGGGAUGCAAAUCAUCUGAAGGAAUUGUUGAAGAAGGGGAAUCUCAAUGGUUGCACAGCUAUCUCGUUGCCACACAGCAACAUGGCUGACCUUUCUGAUGUGGACUGUUCGAAUUUGGAGUUACUCAUGUUGCUGAAUAAAGAUCCAUCUUUCAGAGUCUCGGAAACUUUUUUCAAAGAUAUGUAUAAGCUGAAGGUGUUAAGCGUAACUGGUAUGAGUUUUCCAUAUUCUCUGCCUUCAUCUUUUCGUUCAUUAACGAACCUUCAAACUUUGCGUUUAUGUGAAUGCGAGUUGUCUGAGAUAGCCAUCGUAGAGAAGCUGAAGAAAUUAGAUAUGCUCAGCUUUCAAGGUUCCACCAUUACGGAAUUGCCAAUAGAGAUUGCACAAUUGACCCAACUAAAGUUAUUAGAUUUGAGUGAAUGUUCUAAACUUGAAGUCAUCCCAGAAAAUGUCCUAGCAAAAUUGUAUAGAUUAGAAGAGCUACGUGCUGGCAAUAGCUUUCGUGAAUGGAAUGUUGGAGGUAAUGCUCGACUUGAAGAGUUGAAUAACUUAUCUUCUUUGUCAGCAUUGGAUGUAUCCAUUCCGGAUGCCAGAAUUAUGCCAAAAGAAGACUUGUUCUUGAGAAAGUUGGAAAGAUACAAGAUUGUUAUAGGAGAAUUUCAUGAGCGUUCCAUUUUCAUUACUAAGAGUAAAGCUUCAAAAGCGUUGCAACUUGAGUUAGACAUUGGCGACGGCUUAGAUAAAGGGAUGGAAAUGUUGAUAAAACAUGCUGAAGAGUUACGCAUAGAGGGAUUGAAAGGUGCCAAGGAUAUGUCUUUUGAGUUAUUAGAUACGGACGGUUUUCCGCAUCUCAAGUAUCUUACUAUUAGAGAGCAAGGGUCCUCGGAGAUUAAUUGGAUCAUUAACUCCAUGUCCAUGAGAUUGGCUCCGCGUAAAGUAUUCCCUGCUUUAGAGACAAUGGUUCUCUAUGGUCUGUGUAAUCUGGAUAAGAUAUGCCAUGGUAAAUUCAUCAAAACAGAGUCACUUAGCCACCUAACAACCGUAACAAUUCACAGUUGUGAUAGACUGAAGAACCUGUUUCCGUUCUCCAUAGCCAGAAAUUUCAACCAACUGCAACAAAUAACUGUAGAUGAUUGCGAGAACAUCACAGAGAUUGUUGCAGGGGAACGGAAGGAAGACAAUGACGAGAAUGACACCCUAGAGUUUUGUUGCUUAAAAUCUUUGCAACUGAUCAAUUUGCCAAAUUUCAAAAGCUUUUAUCCCCAGGUGACAACAGCUUCCUCUUCAUCCAACCAUAAUAAUACAGAAUCUAAACCCAUUCCGCUCUUCAACCCAAAGGUUUCAUGUCCUGCCUUGGAGACGUUGAAAGUGGAGGGGUGCCAUAAGUUGAAGAGUGUGUUUACUUCAUCUAUUGUUAAAAGCUUUGUUCAACUCGAAGAUCUUGUAGUUUCUGAUUGCGAUGAAAUGGAAGAGGUGAUACAAGGAAUAUUAGGAGGAGAAGAAAGGAUUAGUAGCUGCAUAAGUCUGUUUCCUAAACUCGACUCCUUGGAUCUCGUCGACCUUCCCAAACUCAGAAGGUUUUGUAGUGGAACUGAUAUUUCGAUUGAAUUUACCUCUCUAAGGUAUUUACGUAUAAGGGGAUGUCGUGGUUUGAGCACUUUUCAUUUGAAUAGUACAAAUGUUGUUGGAAAGAGCAGCGGUAACAUCUCACUUGAUCAGCCACAACAUCUCUUCGAUGAAAAGGUUUCAUGUCCUGCCUUGGAGACGAUGAGAGUGAAGGAAUGCCAUAAGUUGAAGUAUGUAUUUAUUUCAUCUAUGGUUAAAAGCUUUGUUCAACUCAAAACACUUGAAGUUUUUUAUUGUGAUGAACUGGAAGAGGUGAUACAAGGAAUAUUAGGAGAAGAAGAAAGGAUUAGCAGCUGCAUAAGUCUGUUUCCUAAGCUCGACUCCUUGGAGCUCAAAUAUCUUCCCAAACUCGGAAGGUUUUGCAGUGGAACUGAUAUUUCGAUUGAAUUUACCUCUCUAAGGUAUUUAUAUAUAUGGAGAUGUCAUGGUUUGAGCACUUUUCAUUUGAAUAGUACAAAUGUUGUUGGAAAGAGCAGCAGUAACAUCUCACUUGAUCAGUCACAACAUCUCUUCCAUGAAAAGGUUUCAUGUCCUGCCUUAGAGACGUUGAGAGUGGAGAAAUGCCAUAAGUUGAAGUGUGUGUUUAGUUCAUCUACGGUUAAAAGCUUUGUUCAACUCAAAGAACUUGAUGUUACUUAUUGUGAUGAACUACAAGAGGUAAUACAAGGAGUAUUAGGAGAAGAAAGGAUUAGCAGCUUCAUAAGUCUGUUUCCUAAGCUCAUCUACUUGCGGCUCGUUCAACUUCCCAAACUCAGAAUGUUUUGCAGUGGAACUGAUAUUUCGAUUGAAUUUACCUCGCUAAGGUAUUUAUAUAUAUGGAGUUGUCGUGGUUUGAGCACUUUCCAUUUGAAUAGUACAAAUAUUGUUGGAAAGAGUAGCGGUAACAUCUCACUUGAUCAGCCACAACAUCUCUUUAAUGAAAAGGUUUUAUGUCCUGCCUUGGAGAUUUUGAAAGUGUUGGAAUUGCAUAAGUUGAAGUAUGUAUUUAUUUCAUCUACGGUUAAAAGCUUUGUUCAACUCAAAGAACUUGAAGUUUCUUUUUGUGAUGAACUGGAAGAGGUAAUACAAGGAGUAUUAGGAGAAGAAAGGAUUAGCAGCUUCAUAAGUCUGUUUCCUAAACUCGGCUCCUUAGGUCUCAAUAAACUUCCCAAGCUCAAAAGGUUUUGCAGUGGAACUGAUAUUUCGAUUGAAUUUACCUCUCUAAGGUAUUUACGUAUAUGGGACUGUAGUGGUUUGAGCACUUUCCAUUUGAAUAGUACAGAUGUUGUUGGAAAGAGCAGUGGUAACAUCUCACUUGAUCAGCCACAACAUCUCUUCCAUGAAAAGGUUUCAUGUCCUGCCUUGGAGACGUUGAGAGUGAUGGGAUGCCAUAAGUUGAAGUGUGUGUUUAGUUCAUCUAUGGUUAAAAGCUUUGUUCAACUCAAAGAACUUGUAGUUUCUGAUUGUGUUGAAAUGGAAGAGGCAAUACAAGGAGUAUUAGGAGAAGAAGAAAGGAUUAGCAGCUGCAUAAGUCUGUUUCCUAAACUUGAUUCCUUGAACCUCGACAAACUUCCCAAACUCAGAAGGUUUUGCAGUGGAACUGAUAUUUCGAUUGAAUUUACCUCUCUAAAAAAAUUAGAUAUACGACAAUGUCGUGGUUUGGACAUUUUUCAUUGGAAUAGUACAAAUGUUGCUGGAAAGAGCAGCGGUAACAUCUCACUUGAUCAGCCACAACAUCUCUUCCAUGAAAAGGUUUCAUGUCCUGCCUUGGAGACGUUGAGAGUGGAGGGGUGCCAUAAGUUGAAGAGUGUGUUUACUUCAUCUAUGGUUAAAAGCUUUGUUCAACUCGAAGAUCUUGUAGUUUCUGAUUGCGAUGAAAUGGAAGAGGUGAUACAAGGAAUAUUAGGAGGAGAAGAAAGGAUUAGUAGCUGCAUAAGUCUGUUUCCUAAGCUCGACUCCUUGGAUCUCGUCGACCUUCCCAAACUCAGAAGGUUUUGUAGUGGAACUGAUAUUUCGAUUGAAUUUACCUCUCUAAGGUAUUUACGUAUAAGGGGAUGUCGUGGUUUGAGCACUUUUCAUUUGAAUAGUACAAAUGUUGUUGGAAAGAGCAGCGGUAACAUCUCACUUGGUCAGCCACAAUAUCUCUUCCAUGAAAAGGUUUCAUGUCCUGCCUUGGAGACGAUGAGAGUGAAGGAAUGCCAUAAGUUGAAGUAUUUAUUUAUUUCAUCUAUGGUUAAAAGCUUUGUUCAACUCAAAACACUUGAAGUUUUUUAUUGUGAUGAACUGGAAGAGGUGAUACAAGGAAUAUUAGGAGAAGAAGAAAGGAUUAGCAGCUGCAUAAGUCUGUUUCCUAAGCUCGUCUACUUGCGGCUCGUUCAACUUCCCAAACUCAGAAGGUUUUGCAGUGGAACUGGUAUUUCGAUUGAAUUUACCUCGCUAAGGUAUUUAUAUAUAUGGAGUUGUCGUGGUUUGAGCACUUUCCAUUUGAAUAGUACAAAUAUUGUUGGAAAGAGUAGCGGUAACAUCUCACUUGAUCAGCCACAACAUCUCUUUAAUGAAAAGGUUUUAUGUCAUGCCUUGGAGAUUGUGAAAGUGUUGGAAUUGCAUAAGCUGAAGUAUGUAUUUAUUUCAUCUACGGUUAAAAGCUUUGUUCAACUCAAAGAACUUCAAGUUUCUUUUUGUGAUGAACUGGAAGAGGUAAUACAAGGAGUAUUAGGAGAAGAAAGGAUUAGCAGCUUCAUAAGUCUGUUUCCUAAACUCGGCUCCUUAGGUCUCAAUAAACUUCCCAAGCUCAAAAGGUUUUGCAGUGGAACUGAUAAUUCGAUUGAAUUUACCUCUCUAAGGUAUUUACGUAUAAGGGAAUGUAGUGGUUUGAGCACUUUCCAUUUGAAUAGUACAGAUGUUGUUGGAAAGAGCAGCGGUAACAUCUCACUUGAUCAGCCACAACAUCUCUUCCAUGAAAAGGUUUCAUGUCCUGCCUUGGAGACAUUGAGAGUGAUGGGAUGCCAUAAGUUGAAGUGUGUGUUUAGUUCAUCUAUGGUUAAAAGCUUUGUUCAACUCAAAGAACUUGAGAAGAAAAGGAUUAGCAGCUGCAUAAGUCUGUUUCCUAAACUUGAUUCCUUGAACCUCGACAAACUUCCCAAACUCAGAAGGUUUUGCAGUGGAACUGAUAUUUCGAUUGGAUUUACCUCUCUAAAAAAAUUAGAUAUACGACAAUGUCGUGGCUUGGACAUUUUCCAUUGGAAUAGUACAAAUAUUGAUGGAAAGAGCAGCGGUAACAUCUCACUUGAUCAGCCACAACAUCUCUUCCAUGAAAAGAUUUCAUGUCCUGUCUUGGAGAAGUUGCUGGUAUGGUAUUGUGAUAAGUUGAAGUAUGUAUUUACUUCAUCUACAGUUAAAACCUUUGUCCAAAUCAAAGAACUUUUUAUUUUACAAUGUGAUGAAAUGGAAGAGGUAAUACAAGGUGGGGAUAAUGAUGAUGAUGAAAUCAGUUUCCCCCAACUCAACAUUUUGAGAUUUGAAAAUCUACAAAAGCUGGAGAGUUUCUGCUCAUCAGGGAAUUAUAACUUUGGGUUUCCAUCCUUACAAACUGUACUUGUGUAUGAAUGCCCAAAGAUGAAGACGUUCUCUCGAGGACACUCAAACACCCCAAUGUUACAUAAAGUUACACUAAAUAAGUGGCCAGAUGAAUGGCGUUGGGAAGGCAGCCUUAAUCACACCAUACAACAGCUCUUUCGAGAAAAGAAUGACAUGACAGAAGAAUACAACACUCUGAAGAAUGAUAGAAUGACAUAAUAGAAGAAUCUAAGAUCACUGAAGAACAAAGAAAUCAUUCAACUUCUAAUGCCCAAGACAUUAAUGAAAUUGGUAGAGAUGAUUAGCUUAAGCCUAAAGUUUGACAGUCAAUGCCAAUGCUGCCUUCCUACUCUUCUCAUAUGCUGUGAUGCGUUGCUUGGAUCCCCCUUUUUGUCUUGAUUAAAAAUGCUGAUCGGCUUGAUGGCUUUCGAGUAAUGAAUCUGUGUUUGAAGGUGAAAUGAUGGAGUGUUAAAAGAUUUCAGGUUAAACAAUCUAUUUCAGGUCUGCUUUGUUUUCGUGUGCUGAUCCUGGUGUAAUGGAUACAAAUAUUGCUAAGUUCAAGCAAUGAAGAUGGCCAUGGAGGGUUUCUUACAACCGGAAUGAAACAAUCAAGUUUGCUUGAUUAUUGUAUUCACUUUGGUUAUUACAAUCAGCUAGUGUUUGAAAUAUUGUUGGUGUAAAUAUCAUUUGAAAUACAUACUAGACCAAUAAUUUUAAGGGUAAACUACUACUUAAA